CGGGACGGAGGUGGUGCCGGCGAGUGUGGGAGGGGGCUGGUUGCGGCGAUGCUUCGAUAAUAUACCGGGGAGUUGUCGCCAGGCCCGAGCGAUAAGGUUCCCGGGGAUAGACAGAUAUUUGAAGAGAAGGCUUUGGAGAUAUUAAAUACAAACCAAAUUUCCUGCUAAGGUCUGGUUAACUAGUGCAAUUUGUCAGGACCUGAGUACCAUUUGAUUCUGAACAUGAAAGAGAAAUGUUUGUUCUGACUGUGGGAAAUGAUUUCAAACAUCAGUGAGUGACAAGAAUCCAGUGAGACAUACACCCGCACCCCUGAGUGAUUGUGUUCCAGUGAGUAGACUGUGGAAAGAGCAUUACACAGUCUCACAUUCCAAGUGAGAGCAUUCCAGUGAGUUUUCUGUGGAAAGAAUUUUAACCAAUCAAGAAGAUUGGGAAAACAUUUACACCAUUUGCCGUGUGGAGAUAUUGUGCUGAAUUACUGUGUGGUCAAGGCUUUGAUUGAUCACCCAUCCUGAAGAGAUACAAGGAUAAUAUCUCCAUGGAGAAACCGUGGAAAUGCGAGGACUGUGGUAAAGGAUUCAAUUACCCAUCCCAGCUGGAAAUCCACCGACGAGUUCACACUGGAGAAAAGCCAUUUACGUGUUCUGUAUGUGGGAAGGGAUUUACUCAGACAACUAAACUCGUGUCACAUCAGAGAAUUCACACUGAGGAGAGGCCGUUCACCUGUUCAGAGUGUGGGAAGGGAUUUACGCAGACAUCCUGCCUCAUGUUACACCAGCGGAUUCACACCAAGGAGAGGCCCUUCAGCUGCACAUACUGUGCAAAGAGGUUCAUGUCUUCAUCUGACUUGAAUAUACACCAUCGAGUUCACACUGGGGAGAAACCAUUCAACUGUUCCGUGUGUGGGAAGAGAUUCCCUCAUUCAUCUGGCCUUCGAUCACACCAGCGAAUUCAUACUGAGCAGAAACCAUUCAGCUGUACCUCCUGUGGAAAAAGGUUCAGGCAUUCAUCUGCUCUUGUUGAACACCAGCGAGUUCACUCUGGUGAAAAGCCAUUCACCUGCUCUGUAUGUGGGCAAGGGUUCACUCAGUCAUCCAGUCUGCUGAGACACCAGCGUGUUCACACCGGAGAGAAGCCAUUCAGCUGCACUUCCUGUGGGAAAGGUUUCCGGCAGUCAUCCACCCUGAUUGCACACCAGCGAAUUCACACGGGGGAGAAACCAUUCACUUGCUCAGCAUGUGGGAAGGGAUUCACUGUAUCAUCCGCCCUUGAGUCACACCAGCUAAUUCACACAGAGGAGAAGCCAUUCAACUGCACUUCCUGUAGGAAGAGUUUCAGGUGUUCAUCCUCUCUCCUUGCUCACCAGCGAGUUCAUACUGGAGAGCGGCCAUUCAUCUGUUCUGUGUGUGGGAAGGGAUUCACUCGGUCCUUCAACCUAGUGACGCACAAGCGAGCUCAUAGGUGAACCUCAAUAACUUGUAAACUGCAGCAGUUCAAGGAGGAAACUCACCACCAUAAUCUUUGUGGCCACCUAAUGAUGACCCAACCAAUGAUUUCCUUAUCUUAUGAAAGAAUUGGAUUUGCUGUUAUCGCUGUUGUUGAUCACUUCCAAAAUUGACAGUCCGACAAUAUUAGAUUGUUUCAACUGAUGUUAACACAUCUAUAACUGGCUGUAGUUUGGUAAUCUGGAUAUGUUGCUGAUGUUUUGGGCAACAAUUUCCCUUCUUAAAAACACUAUUGGUGAUCCUGAAUUUGAGAUCAGUAUUUGGUGAGAAGAACAGAUGUCUUGUGGAAGGGAAAACACAAAAAUUAUCAAUUUACAAAAAGAAAGCUGAUAAAGGAGAUGAGUUCCCAGGGCUAACUGUUCCCUUCAUUGCCCUGAAUUGCACAGAUUGACAGCAUCACAUCUUUAGGUCCAGGAUGAAGAAUGAUGUGAAAUUGGGCUGUGUUGAAGCCCCCACUUGGUUUUGCAUUUUCUUCUUCAUUCUGUCGGCCUUGGCGUUCUCCUCUGAUAUGAAGGAGUUUACCUGUAUGCCAGGUCAGACAGUGAGCUCUACAAUCAAUCCAGACUGAAAACAAAGACAAAAAUAAAGCACACCUUUAAUUGGAGAAUUCUUCUACCCUACACUGACAGUGCACUGAUCGCUCACACAAACUGAUCUACGAAGGCUCAUGGAUCAUCUGGCCCAUACUUGUAGCCUGUUGUCUCUGACUUUAAACAUCAACAGAUCCACACCUGGACCAGGCUAAAUAACAUCCUACUUGAAAUGUUAAACAACUUCUGUGAACUUGAGUCUGCGGUGAGAUUUUUUUUUGAACCAGAAUUCUUAUAUGCAAAGCAGAGACUACCUAUAGCCGUCUCUUCAAUCACAUGUAGAAUAAACUCAUGCUGAUUCAGAACUCAGAUGUUGGUUUCUGAAGCCUGUGCUCUCAAAACCUUGUUAUCUGGAACUUAAAGACAGGUGACUGAUAGCAGCAGUUUUGAUGCAAGGUCUAUAUUAAAUAUGUGUGUAUAUAUAUUUAGGUUUUAUGAAGAGAUUUAUUUUAUAUAUAUAUCUAUAUAAUCUGUGUGUGUGUGUGUUAUCUGUUUUAGAGUUUGGAUUUUGAACUAGCGUCAUGUGUGCUUUGAUCUGUCAGUGUGCAGGGGUUUAAUUUUUUUUAGAUUUGUUCAUUUGUGGGAUUUGGGUGUCUUUGGCUGUGCUUUGAUUUCUCAUCUCUAGUUACAUGUGAGAAGGUGAUUAUGAGCUGCCCAACAUCAAGAAUUCCCACAGUGUGGAAAAAGGCCAUUUGCCCCAACAAGUCCACACCCACUCUCCGAAGAGCAGACCCAUACCCCUACCCUAUAACACUGCAUUUCCCAUGCAAACACACCUAACCUGCACAUUCCUGAACACUUUGGGUAAUUUAGCACGGCCAAUCCACCUAACUCGCACACCUUUGGACUGUGGGAAGAGACUGGAGCGCCAGGCAGAAACCUGCAAACUCAACACAGACAGUUGCCUGAGGCUGGGCUCAAACUCUGGUCCCUGACGCUGUGAAGUGGCAGUACUAACCACUAAGCCACCAUGCUGCCUUCAGCCAUGACAGUCCAACGGCUGUGGGCUGACCCAAAGCGCCAUUGGGGAGGGAAUUCCAGGAUUCUGACCCAGUGCCAGUGAAGGAAUGGCGAUUAUAUUCCCAAGUCAGGAUGGUGAGUGGCUUGGAGGGAACUUGAAUGUGUUUGUGUUACUAUACAUCUCCUGCCUUUGUCCUUUUAGAUCAACGUGGUCGUGGGUUUGGAAGGUGCUGUUUGAGGAUCUUUGGUGAAUUUCUGCAGUGCCCCUUGUAGCAAGUACGCACUGCUGCUGGUGAGCAUCAACACUGAAGGGAGUGCAUGUUUGUGGAUGAGUAAUCAAGUAUGCUGCUUUGUCCUGAAUGGUGUCAAGCUUCUUGAGUGUUGUUGGAGCGCAACCUAUCUUGACUUGUUUCUUUUAGAUGAUAGACAGGUCCUGGGAGUCAGGAGGCAGAUAGGCAUUGCAGUAUUCCAAGCCUGUGACUUGCUCUUGUAGCUAUUGUGUUUAUAAUGGCAAGUCUAGUUGCAUUUCUAGUCAGUGGUAACCCCAAAGAUGUUGGUAGUGGGGGAUUUAGUAAUGUUAACACCAUUGAAUGUCAAGGCAUGGUGGUUAGAUUGUCUCUUAUUGGUGACAGUCAUAGUUUGGCACUUGAGUGGCGCAAAUGUUAUUUGCCACUUGUCAGCCCAAGCCUGGAUAUUGUCCAGAUCUUGUAGCAUUUGAAUAUGGACUGCUUCAGUAUUUGAGGAGUUGCGAAUGGUACCGAACAUUGUGCAAUCAUCAGUGAACAUCUCCACUUCUGACCCUAUGAUGGAGGGCAGGUCAUUAAUGAAGCAGCUGAAAAUGGGUGGGUAUAGGACACUACCCUGAGGAACUCCUGCAGAGAUGACCUGAAGUUGUGAUGAUUUACUCCAAACAACCACGACCAUCUUCCUGUGUGCCAUGUAUCACUCUAACUACCGAAGAGAUUUCCCUCAACAUCCAUUGAUUCCAAUUUUGCUAGAGCUCCUUGAUGCCACACUUGAUUGAAUGUGGCAUCAUUCUCACCUCACCUCUGGAAUUCAGCUGUUCUGUCCAUGUUUGAACUCUGGCUGUUAUGAGGUCAGAAGCUGAGUGGCCCUGGUGAAAUCCAAACUGAGCAUCACAGUAGCUUACAGCUGAGCAGGUAUUGCUUGGUAUCAAUAUUGAUGACACCUUCCGUCAUUUUACUGAUGAUCGAGAGUAUACUGAGGGGGCGGUAAUUGUCUGGGUUGGAUUUCAUUCAUAGAAUCCCUACAGUGUGGAAACAGGCCAUUCAUCUCAACAAGUCCACACCGCCCACUCCAACUCAUUCCCCAACUCCUGCGUUUCCCCAUGUCUAACCCACCUAACCCAAAUAUCCUUGGACACCACAGGCAAUUUAGCAUCUUUGGACUAUGGGGGGAAGCCACAGCACCCAGAGGAAACCCACGCAGACAAGGGGAGAAUGUGCAAACAGACAGUCGCCUGACAGUAGAAUCAAACCUGGGUCCCUGGCGCUGCGAGGAUUUGUCCUACUUUUGUGUACUGGAAAUAUCUGGGCAGCUUUCCACAUUGUUGGAUAGAUGCAAUGUAAUAAUUAGACUGAAAGAGCUUUGUUAUCAGAGUCGUAAGUUCUGGAGUGCAUCUUUGGUUUUGCCAGAAUGUUGUCAGGACCUACAGCUUUUGCCUCCAACUAUUUCUUGGAGUGGAGUGCAUCGAAUUUGCUGAAAAUUGAUAUCUGUACUGCUGGGACCAUUGAAGGAGGCUGAGAUAGCUGCAAAACUUCAACCUUAUCUUUUGCACUGAUGUGUUGGGCUCUUGCUUCAUUGGGGAUGGGAAUAUUUAUGGAGCCAUCUAAUGUUGAGUGGCUUAAUUGGGCUUAUCCCCUUGUUUGAUGGUAAUGGUUCAGUAGGCGAUAUGUCAGGCCUUGAGGUUACAGAUUGUGCUCGAGUACAAUUUUGUUGCUGCUGAUGGCCAAAAGUGCUGCAUGGAUGCCUAGUCUUGAGUUGCUAGAUCUGUUUGAAGUUUAUCCCAUUUAGCACUAUAAUACUGCUAGAUAACACAAUGGAGGACAUUCUCAAUGCUAAGGCAGGAUUUUGACUCCACAAGGACUGUCCAGUGGUUGCUCUUACCUGUUGUGGACAGUUGCAUCUGCAGCUGGCAAAUUGGUAAGGAUGAGGUCAAGUUCUUCUUGGUUCCUUCAUUGCUUGCCGCAGACCCAGUCUAGCAGCUAUGUUGUUUGGGUCCCCACCAUCUUGAUCAGUAGUACCACUGCCAAGACACACUUGGUGGUGAACAUUGAAAUCCCAACACCCAGAGUAAAUUUUGUGCUCUUGCCAUUCUCGGUGCUUCCUCCAGGUGUUGUCCAACAUGGCAGAGUACAAUUCAUCAGUCAAGGGAAGAUGGUACGUGGUAAUAAACAGGAAGUUUCCUUGCCCAUGUUUAACCUGCUGCCGUGAGACUUCAUGGGCUCCGGAGCCCAUUGGUGAGGACUUUCAGGGCAGCUCCCUUAUGACUGUAUAUCACUGUGCCACCACGUUUGCUCGCUCUGUCCUGUUGAUGAGACAGGACAUAUCUAGGGAUGGUUAUGGUGGUGUUUGAGACAUUGUGAGAUGAUUGUGGGACAUUGAAUAUGACCAUAUCAGGCGGUUGCUUAACUAGACUGUGAGACAGCUGUCCCAAUUUUGGCACUAUCCACCAGAUGUUAGUAAAGAGGACUUUGCAGUGUCGAUAGGGUUGUUUCUGCUGUUGUCUUUUCUGGUGCCUUGUUUGAUGCCAGGAGAUCUGUCCGGUUUCACUUCUUUGAAAAUUUGUAGCAAUUUAUAUAACUGAAUGGCUUGCUAGGCCAUUUCAGAGGGCAGUUGAGAGUCAACCACAUUGCUGUGGGUCUGGAGUCGAAUGUAGGUCAGACCAGGUGGAGAUAUCUGUGCCAACCAUGAUGCCAUUCUAAACUAAUCAUAUCUGCUUGCACCUGAUCUGUAUCCCCGUAUUCCCUAACUGUUCAUAUGUAUGUCUAAAUGCCUCUUAAACUUUGCCAACUUCUCGGCUGCUGCCGCCUCCCCAAGCAGCACGUUCCAUGCACCCACCCCACUCUGUGAAUUUAAAAAAAAAUUUCCUUGGACAUCUCAUUUAAACUUUCCCCCUUUCAACUUAAACAUAUGCCACCUAGUAUUCUCCUGGGAAAAAUACUUUGACUACAUCCGUGCCUGUCAAUUUUAUAUAUUUCUACCAGGUCAUACCUCAGUCUCUUAUGCUUUUGAGAAAAUAAUCCAAGUUUGUCCAACACCUCCAUGAGUUAAUACACUCCAAUCCAGGCAAUGUUCUGGUAAACCUCGUUUGCACCCUCGCCAAAGUGUCCACAUUCUGCCUAUACUGUGGUGACCAGAGCUGCUGUCACCAAUGGGGUGGCACAGUGGUUAGCACUGCUGCCUCAUAGUGCCAGGGACCUAGGUUCAAUUCCAGCCUUGGCUGACCGUCUGUGUGGAGUUUGCGCAUUGGGUACAUGUCUGCAUGGAUUUCCUCUGGGUGGUCUGGUUUCCUCACAGUCCAGGUGUGGGUUAUGAGGUUUAGCUGUGCUAAAUUGUACAUAGUGUCAAAGGAUGUGCGGACUAAGUGGACUGGCUGUGGGAAAUGCAGCGUUAUAGGGUAGGUCUGGGCAGGACGAUCUUUGGAGGGUCUGUAUUGAAUCAGUGGGCUGAAUGGCCUGUUUCCACUCUGUAGGGAUUUUAUGAUUCUCUGUGUUCUAACUAAAGUCUCAUAAGCUGCCACAUGAUUUGUCAACAUUUUUACCAUAUCCUAAUUGAUGAAGGAAAGCAUGCCUUCUUUACUACCUUAUCCAACUGUGUUCAGGGAGCUUAUAUGGAGUUGGAUUCCAAGAUCCGUCUUUAUAUCAAUGCUGCUAACGGUCCUGCCAUUUACUGAAUACCUUCCUCUUGCAUUUGGCCUCCCAAAUUGCAUUACCUCACACUUGUCCAUCUGCUAUUUCUUCACCCAACUUUCCCAUUGAUCUAUAUUCUGCUGUAUCUUUUGACAACCUUCCUCACUAUUCUGAACUCUGCCAAUUUUCACAGCAUUAGGAAAACUAUUAAACAGGUAACUUGCGUUUUCAUCCAAAUCUUUUAUAAAUAUGACAAAUCUUGUGGAGUAUCUCUGGUCACAGACUUCCAGUCAGAGAAACACCCUCCACAACUACUCUCUGUCCUCUUAUAAUCAAAUUCAAUCUUGUAUCCAACUUACCAAGGAUCGAUCCCAUGUGACUUAAUUUUCUGGACCAGCCUAUCGUGAGGGAACUUGUCAAAUGCUUCAGUAGUCUGCAUGUAGACAACAGCCACUGUCCUGCCUUUAUCAAUCAUCUUUGUCACUUCCUCAAAAAAUUCAAUUAUGUUAGUGAGACAUGACCUCCUCUGCAGAAAUCCGUGAUGCAUGUUGUCCACAUAGACUUUAUCAAGGCCUUUGACAAGGUCCUUCAUGGCAGGCUGAUGCAGAAGUUUAAGUCACAUAGGUUACACAGUGAGGUGAACAGGCUUUGUCAUAGAAGACAGAGAGUAGUGGUGCAAGAGUGUUUUUGUGACUGGAGAUCUGUAACCAGUGCUUUUCUGCAAGGAUCAGUGCUGAGACCCCUGUUAUUCACAGAUAUAUUAUAAAAAUGAUUUGGGGGAGAAUGUAGGUGGUCUGAUUAGUAAGUAUGAUUGGUGGAGCUGUGAAUAGUGAGGAAGAAUGCCAGAGGAUACAGCAGGAUAUAGAUUGACUGGAGACUUGGGCGGAGAAAUAGCAGAUGAAAUUUAAUCCUGACAAAUGUAAGGUGAUUCAUUUUGGAAGGUCUAAUGCAGGAUAGAGGUAUACAGUAAAUGGCAGAAUCCUGAGAAGCAUUAUCAUAGGGAGAGAUCUAGGCAUACAGGUCCACAGUUCCCUGUAAAUGGCAAUUCAAGUGGAUAAGAUGGUCAGGAAGGCAUAGGAUAUGCUUGCCUUCAUUGGUCAGGGCAGAGUAUAAAAAUUGACAAAAACCUUAAGAACUGCGGAUGUUGUAAAUCAGGAACAAAAAAAACAAAGUUGCUGGAAAAGCUCAGCAGGUCUGGCAGCAUCUAUGAAGGGGAAAACACAACUUGUGAGGAAUGGUCUCUGGACCCAAAACGUUAGGUAGCUUUUCCAGCUACUUUGUUUUUGUUCAUUAAAAAUUGACAAGUUAUGUUGCAGCCCUAUAGAUCUUUAGCGAGGUUACAUUUGCAAUAUUGUGUACAAUUCUGUUUGCCACAUCAGCAUAAGGAUGUGAGGCUCUAGAGAGGGUAGGAAACAGUUCACCAGGAGGUCACCUGAUUAGGAGGAUAUUAGCCAUGAGGAAAGAUUGGACAGAUUUGGUUUGUUUUCAUUUGCAUGUUAGAAGGUAUGGGGCAACCUGGAGAAGUUCACACAAUUGUGAGAGGCAUGGAUAAAGUGGACAGUUUUUUUUUUCCCAGGGUAGAAAUCACAAUAGUAGGGGACACAGGUUUAAGAUAGAAAGGGGAAAGCUUCAAGGAGAUGUGAAAGGCAAGUGGUGUGUGCCUAGAAUGCAUUGCCAGAAGAAGUUGGAGAAGCAGAUACAAUCAAAAUGCUUAAGUAUGUCUUGAUUGAUUCGUAAUUGGCAGAGAAUAAAUGGAUACAAACUGCAUAGCAGAAAGAGAUUUCUUGUUUAGAAAAGUAUCAUGUUUUGGCACAGGCUUGGAGGGCUGAAGAGCCUGUUCCUGUUCUGUAGUGUUCUUUGAGACUUCAGUUCCCCAAAAAUAGACUAGAAUACUGGUAGUGUAAGAGGCAGUGACGGUACAUUUCCUGGAUUGUUUGCACAAGAGUUUCCGAAAACAGUGUGAUCGGUUCAACAAGAAAAACUGGUUUGUUGGACCUACAUCUUGGAAAUGAUGGGAGCCAAGUAGACAAAAUAUCAGUGGGACAGCAUUUAGGAGACAGUGAUCAUUGUGUAGUAAGGGGCAGAGUAAUGUCAGAGAAGGACAAACAUCAAUUUAGAGUAAGAAAAUUCAUUUGAUGGAGAGCUGUCUUCAAGUAGAAUGGAGCUGGGCAGUAAGAACUGGACUGGCAGGUUGAAGGGACAAAGGGGCUACUUUCAAAGAGGAAAUGGUUCAGUACGGUCAAAUAGGAAAGGAAGAACAACACAUUCAGGGCUCUGGCAUGUCAAAGAAAAUGGAAUUUAAGAUUAAAAAAAUAAAAAAUGCAUUUGUGCAAGGUUCAGAAGUUGGGGCAAGUGGGUGAAAAAGCAAAAAGUGAAAAAGCAAAAAGUGCAAAGGAAUUAUGAGAAAAGACUGACAACCAGUUGAGAGGGAUUCGUAACACACUGGGUAUGACAGACUGUAGGAGAGAAACCAGAGAAACAUGCAGGUUCUGGGUUUGGACAAAGGUGAACGUUAGGAACACUGUAGUUUCAUGGGAAGCAGCAGAGGCAGCUGAUCAGAUUGUAUCAAUCAUAGUGUCAAGAAAGCACCAUGAGCUCCUCAUAUUCAUUGUUGUAUAUGGUGGAGGGAGAGAUAUUCAAUGGGAACAAACAUGUAUUAGAGAUAUCAUAAAAAAUAAACAUACUGCAUGUUGAAUACAAAGCUGUUUGAUUUAAUUGUUAUGGUACAUAUAAAGACUGAGAACUAGAGUUAUUAACACCAGUGGAAAACAUUGAAAUGGUUCACUGGUUGUGACUGAAAACAAAAUCCAAACAUCUAACAUAAGAGGAGAAGAUAGGUAGAGAGGAGAGUAUGGGUGGGGAGGUAGGGACAGGAUAGGUCAGUCUGGGGAGGACGGACAGGUCAAGGGGGUGGGAUAAGGUUAGUAGGUUGGAAAUGGAGGUGCGGCUUGAGGUGGGAGGAGGAGACAGGUGAGAGGAAGAACAGGUUAGGCAGUCGAGGACAAGCUGGGCUGGUUUUGGGAUGCAGUUGGGGGAGGGGAGAUUUUGAAGCUGGUGAAAUCCACAUUGAUACCAUUGGGCUCAGAGAUACUGAGAACUGCAGAUGCUGGAGAAUCCAAGAUAACAAGGUGUGGGGCUGGAUGAACACAGCAGGCCAAGCAGCAUCUUAGGUGCAUAAAAGCUGAUGUUUCAGGCCUAGACCCUUCAUCAGAUACCAUUAGGCUGCAGGGUUCCCAAGUGGAAUAUGAGUUGCUGUUCCUGCAACCUAUGGAUAGCAUCAUUAUGGCACAGCAGGAGGCCCAGGAUGGACAUAUUGUCUAAGGAAUGGGAGGUGCAGUUGUUUAUUGUGAACUGAGCGUAGGUGUUCUGGAAAGCGGUCCCCAAGCCUCCGGUUGGUUUCCCCAAUGUAGAGGAAGCAGUAUACCACAUUGGUGGAUGUGCAGGUGAACAUCUGCUUGAUGUGGAAAGUCAUCUUGGGGCCUGGGAUGGAAGUGACGGAGGAGGUGUGGGGCCGGUGUAGCGCUUCCUACGGUUGCAGGGGAAAGUGCUGGGUGUGGUGGGGUUGGAGGGGAGUGUGGAGCGGACAAGGGAGUCGCGGAGAGAGUGGUCUCUCUGGAAGGCAGACGAGGGUGAGGUUGGAAAAAUCUCUUUAGUGGUGGGGUCAGAUUGUAGAUGGCGGAAGUGUCGGAGGAUGAUGCGUCGUAUCCGGAGGUUGGUGGGGUGGUAUGUGAAGGCUAGGGGGAUUCUCUUUUUGCAGUUAUUGCAGGGAGCAGGAGAGGUCUUGAACCAUUUAAUAAUGGCUUUUACCAUUUCAUAAAUCUGUCAUGGGUUCCCAACCUCAACACCAAUUUUGCCUCAAAUCCCUGCAAAGCUUCCCAAUUCUCUCAGGUCAUCUUUCAAGCUUCUCUUUUCUCGAGAAAACAGCUUUAUGCUGUUAAACAGAAAGCAGCAUACAAACACAGGAGGUCUGGCAGUGUCUGUGAUGAGAGAAAAAUCAUGUUAGUUCGAAGAUCUUAGCACUGUUUCUCUCUCCGCAAAUGCUAACAGACCUGCUGAAUUUCUCCAGCAUUCUUUGUUUGGAUGGUUUGUUUUUCUAUGUGUCUAAUGCCUUAAAUAUUUGUGCACAAGGACUUGGUGUCAGUCUGUUUAAACACUGAAAUCUUCACAGAGCAAUCAUCCAUUUUGUAAGAAACAAGCACACAGUAAGUGAGAUAGUAGGAAUUGCAGAUGCUGAAGAAUCUGAGGUAGCAAGGUGUAGAGCUGGAUAAACACAGCAGGCCCAGGUUCUAAAGCAGGGUCUAGACCCAGAAUGUCAACUUUCCUGCUCCUCUUGAUGCUGCUUGGCCUGCUGUGUUCAUCCAGCUCUACACCUUGUAAACACAGUAACUGAACAGUCUCCACUGAAAAAUACAAAGUACAUUUCUUUCCUCAUCUUUUAAGCCUGUUUAUUUCUCUGUACCAUUAGCAUGAUGCCACACAACCGCAUCAGAAACCUCUGGUCCUUGGAAUCUUUUUAACCAAUGUCUGAAAAUGCAGUCAAUAACAUGAAAAUUGGCAGAAGUUGCUGAUGCAUAGAACAAAUAAAGUCCUGGAAGUGUUGUGUGAGACUUGGCAGACAAAUGGACAUUUCUUACAGUCUGUAGCAGAAAUGAAUGGGUUUCUUGAAGUAGAUUCACAGAUUUAUUCACCAUCUGACAGAGUGACUGGAGUCAUACAGGCUGCUUAAAUAUGACAGCAACAACAUCACUAAAUUAGUUUUCAAUAUUAAAUUCUGGAGUAAACGCCAAAGAUGGAUUACAAUGUGACUGAAAGGAAUGCAUUGGAACCUUGGGAUUUUAUAAAGCAAAUACCUUCUACAAGGGUGCCUGGAACACGUUGCCAGCGGAGGUGGUAUACGCAGACACGUUAGCGUCUUUUAAGAUAUAUUUGGACAGGUACAUGGAUGGGCAGGGAGCAAAUGGACACAGACCGUUAGAAAAUAGAUGACAAGUUAGACAGAGGAUCUUGAUUGGCUCAGCCUUGGAGUGCUGAAGGGCCUGUUCCUGUGCUGUAAUUUUCUUUGUUCUUUGUACAUUCUUGCAGCGGCCAGGUUAGCUCAGUUGUUAUAACAACAUGCUGCUUAAGUGCAGGGCUGAGAGUGUGAGCCCUACGCUGGGCAGAAAAUGAUUUAGAAUUUCCCCUCAGUAAGUUCCCUUCCUCUCCAUCUAUUCUUGAUAGGCCAACCCCUUCAUUCCAUGAAGCAGCUCAGCAAAUCUCUUUUGCACUGCAUUCAAUGCCAGCACAUUCAUUCUUGAAUGUG